CGCACCGGAAGUUGCGCCGAGGUGGUUGCGCCUGCGCAAUGCAUCACCGCACACGGGGCUCGCGGGUCCGGGAGCGCGACGGAGACGAUGCCUGAGAUCAGAGUCACGCCCUUGGGGGCCGGCCAGGACGUGGGCCGAAGCUGCAUCCUGGUCUCCAUUGCGGGCAAGAAUGUCAUGCUGGACUGUGGAAUGCACAUGGGCUUCAAUGACGACCGACGCUUCCCUGACUUCUCCUACAUCACCCAGAAUGGCCGCCUGACAGACUUCCUGGACUGCGUGAUCAUUAGCCACUUCCACCUGGACCACUGCGGGGCACUCCCCUACUUCAGCGAGAUGGUGGGCUACGACGGGCCCAUCUACAUGACCCACCCCACCCAGGCCAUCUGCCCCAUCUUGCUGGAGGACUACCGCAAGAUCGCCGUGGACAAGAAGGGCGAGGCCAACUUCUUCACCUCCCAGAUGAUCAAAGACUGCAUGAAGAAGGUGGUGGCUGUCCACCUCCACCAGACGGUCCAGGUAGACGAUGAGCUGGAGAUCAAGGCCUACUAUGCAGGCCAUGUGCUGGGGGCAGCCAUGUUCCAGAUUAAAGUGGGCUCAGAGUCUGUGGUCUACACGGGUGAUUAUAACAUGACCCCAGACCGACACUUGGGAGCUGCCUGGAUUGACAAGUGCCGCCCCAACCUGCUCAUCACAGAGUCCACGUAUGCCACGACCAUCCGUGACUCCAAGCGCUGCCGGGAGCGAGACUUCCUGAAGAAAGUCCACGAGACCGUGGAGCGUGGUGGGAAGGUGCUGAUACCCGUGUUCGCGCUGGGCCGCGCCCAGGAGCUCUGCAUCCUCCUGGAGACCUUCUGGGAGCGCAUGAACCUGAAGGUGCCCAUCUACUUCUCCACGGGGCUGACUGAGAAGGCCAACCACUACUACAAGCUGUUCAUCCCCUGGACCAACCAGAAGAUCCGCAAGACUUUCGUGCAGAGGAACAUGUUUGAGUUCAAGCACAUCAAGGCCUUCGACCGGGCUUUUGCCGACAACCCAGGACCGAUGGUUGUGUUUGCCACGCCAGGAAUGCUGCACGCUGGGCAGUCCCUGCAGAUCUUCCGGAAAUGGGCCGGAAAUGAAAAGAACAUGGUCAUCAUGCCCGGCUACUGCGUGCAGGGCACCGUCGGCCACAAGAUCCUCAGCGGUCAGCGGAAGCUCGAGAUGGAGGGGCGGCAGGUGCUGGAGGUCAAGAUGCAGGUGGAGUACAUGUCAUUCAGUGCACACGCAGACGCCAAGGGCAUCAUGCAGCUGGUGGGCCAGGCAGAGCCGGAGAGCGUGCUGUUGGUGCAUGGCGAGGCCAAGAAGAUGGAGUUCCUGAAGCAGAAGAUCGAGCAGGAGCUCCGGGUCAGCUGCUACAUGCCGGCCAAUGGUGAGACGGUGACGCUGCCCACAAGCCCCAGCAUCCCCGUAGGCAUCUCGCUGGGGCUGCUGAAGCGGGAGAUGGCGCAGGGGCUGCUCCCUGAGGCCAAGAAGCCUCGGCUCCUGCACGGCACCCUGAUCAUGAAGGACAGUAACUUCCGGCUGGUGUCCUCAGAGCAAGCCCUCAAAGAGCUGGGUCUGGCUGAGCACCAGCUGCGCUUCACCUGCCGCGUGCACCUGCAUGACACGCGCAAGGAGCAGGAGACGGCGUUGCGCGUCUAUAGUCACCUCAAGAGCAUCCUGAAGGACCACUGUGUGCAGCACCUCCCAGACGGCUCUGUGACUGUGGAGUCCAUCCUCAUCCAGGCCGCCGCCCCUUCUGAGGACCCAGGCACCAAGGUGCUGCUGGUCUCCUGGACCUACCAGGAUGAGGAGCUGGGGAGCUUCCUCACAUCUCUGUUGAAGAAGGGCCUCCCCCAGGCCCCCAGCUGAGGCCGGCAGCUCACCCAGCCACCACCUCUGCCCUCUCCCAGCUGGACAGACCGGGGCCUGCACUUCAGGACUGUGGGUGCCCUGGGUGAACAGACCCCACAGGUCCCAUCCCUGGGGACAGAGGCCUUGUGUCACGCGCCUGCCCAGGCAGCUGUUUCCAGCUAAAGAAAUAAACUGGCCUCCGGGCUGUCUUGCCUUUAUUCCUGCUUCUGGGCCCCCAAAUGGUUAGGGCAGGUGAUCCCAGACAGCGGUUUCCAGUAAAAACUGAACAAAA